AUGGCGGCCCCGGAGCCGGCGCCCAGGCGGGGCCGGGAGCGGGAGCGCGAGGACGAGAGCGAGGACGAGAGCGACAUCCUGGAGGAGAGCCCCUGCGGCCGCUGGCAGAAGCGGCGGGAGCAGGUGAACCAGGGGAACAUGCCGGGGGUUCAGAGCACCUUCCUGGCCAUGGACACGGAGGAGGGCGUGGAGGUGGUGUGGAACGAGCUGCACUUCGGCGACAGGAAGGCCUUCGCUGCCCACGAGGAGAAGAUCCAGACCAUGUUCGAGCAGCUGGUGCUGGUGGACCACCCCAACAUCGUCAAGCUGCACAAGUACUGGCUGGACGCCUCCGAGGCCCGGGCGCGGGUCAUCUUCAUCACGGAGUACGUGUCCUCGGGCAGCCUCAAGCAGUUCCUCAAAAAGACCAAGAAGAACCACAAGGCUAUGAACGCCCGGGCCUGGAAGCGCUGGUGCACGCAGAUCCUGUCUGCGCUCAGCUUUCUGCACGCCUAGCCCCCCAUCAUCCACGGCAACCUGACCAGUGACACCGUCUUCAUCCAGCACAACGGCCUCAUCAAGAUUGGCUCUGUGUGGCACCGAAUCUUCUCCAAUGCGCUUCCUGAUGACCUCCGGAGCCCCAUCCUGGCUGAGCGGGAGGAACAGAGGAACCUGCACUUUUUCCCCCCGGAGUAUGGCGAGGUCGCCGACGGGACCGCCGUGGACAUCUUCUCCUUUGGGAUGUGUGCCCUGGAGAUGGCCGUGCUGGAGAUUCAGGCCAACGGGGACACCCGAGUCACAGAGGAAGCCAUCGCUCGUGCCAGGCACUCACUGAGUGACCCCAACAUGCGGGAGUUCAUCCUCUCCUGCCUGGCCCGCGACCCCGUGCACCGGCCCUCCGCCCACAAUCUGCUCUUCCACCGUGUGCUCUUUGAGGUGCACUCGCUGAAGCUGCUGGCGGCUCACUGCUUCAUCCAGCACCAGUACCUCAUGCCUGAGAACGUGGUGGAGGAGAAGACCAAGGCCAUGGACCUGCACGCCGUCCUGGCGGAGAUCCCCCGGCCCCCGGCCCCUCUGCAGUGGCGGUAUUCAGAGGUGUCCUUCCUGGAGCUGGACAAGUUCCUGGAGGAUGUCAGGAACGGAAUCUACCCGCUGAUGAACUUUGCCGAUGCGCGGCCCUUGGGGCUGCCCCGGGCACUGGCCCCACCCCCUGAGGAGGCCCAGAAGGCCAAGACCCCGACACCAGAGCCCUUUGACUCUGAGACCAGAAAGGUGGUCCACAUGCAGUGCAACCUGGAGAGGAGCGAGGACAAGGCGCGCUGGCAUCUCACCCUUCUCCUGGUGCUGGAGGACCGGCUGCACCGGCAGCUCACCUACGACCUGCUCCCAACCGACAGCGCCCAGGAUCUGGCCGCAGAGCUGGUCCACUAUGGCUUCGUCCAUGAGGAUGACCGGACAAAGCUGGCUGCCUUCCUGGAGAGUACCUUCCUCAAGCACCGCGGGGCUCAGCCUUGACGGCACCGCAGCCCCAGCACUGCCCUGGCCCUUGGGAAAGCUCGGCUUUGGCCACUGGGUGGGCCCCAGGGCCCCUCUGCCAGUGUGCUCGGGGGCUGAAGACUGAGAGCCCUGUUCCAGAGGAGCCCCGGGGUGGAGCUGGGGCAGGGCCGCUCAGGACUCUGGCACGCUGGCACCCCGCCCACGUGCUCCAUUCCCAGCCCGGAGCCCACCCCCACUGCAGCUCUCUGGGGGAGCUGCCCUUGCAGGGGCGGCCUGCAGGGAACCAGUGCAGAGACGGGCCAGUCCUCAACAGAUGUCCGCCCAGGGGAUCGUUGGUCCCCACUUGGUACCACAGACCCCAGCCCGGGGCAAAGUGCCUGCAGGUGCCACGCAUGGUGCUGGGCGUGGGGCAGCCCACAGCCUGGCAGGAGAAGCGGACCAGGAGCAGACACCCCAGGAAGUCCAGUCCCCAGCCCCAUGUGGCCCUCGCACCCCCUACCAUGCAGGCCUGCCCCCACCUUCCACCUGCACACCCACUUCUGGAUACUCUUCUGGCCCCUGUGGCCCUCCACAGGGCUGUCUUCUCUCUCUGAUCCCAGCCUGGAGGCAUCGGGCUCUGCCCCCUCGCUCGCACCGCCCCCUGGCCUCCCUCCCCACCGCUCUCCGGCUCUAGGACCCUUCCCUCCCGUCUUCCAGUCCAGCAGCCCUUUCAACAUUGUAAAUCGCAUGUAUGAAUUCCGUGCAUUCAGGCUUCUUUUUAAGCAUCACGAAUGUCAGAGCAGGAGAUCUCACUGCCCUAAGCAUCUACCACCAACUUGGCGCCUUAGGCCCCACAAGUCCCUGGAGGACCGGGAGCCAGUGAGGGUCGCAUGCUCUCUGGGCUCCAGGGCCAGACCUCUUCCUGCUCCUUGGCCUGCAGGGGUCAGGCCUGGCAGACGUGGGUGGGUCCCGCUUCCGGCCUGCUGUAAAUGUAUGGCUGCGUCCGGCUUCCAGGCGCUGCUGCCCGCCUGGGCUCAGGACCGUGUCCUCCCUCCUGGGGGGGGGCAACAGUGGGAGGGCUUCUCAUGAGCCAUCCAUCCGAUCUGCAGCCAGGAACGCUGGCGUGAUUAUGUGGGGUCUCCACCAUGUCUGCAGAAUACCCUUUGCCGUGUAAAGUAACACUUGGGUCUCGGGUUGGGGUGUGGACGUCUUUGGGGGGUGACAUGGUCCUACCUGCCACAUCCCCCUACCCAGACAAGCCAAGGCAGAGCAGAUGUGAUGGGCAGACCUCGCAAAUCUUACACAUUCCAGCACUUUUACAAAAGUAUUCAAAUUCUCACCCCUUUCAAAUUAUAGGCCUGAAGUAACUUGCACAUUCUAGUUGGGACUCCUGAUGCUAAAUUGUUUGAUUCUGCAGCAUCUUCAAGAAUUGAGUGGCAAGUGCCUGACAGAUUGUAUCAUAAUUAAACUAAAGAGCAUUACCACACUGCUUCAUUCACUCACACCUAGGUGGAGGUUUGCAUCUUAACUUUUAUUUUUUCAAAGCAUAUACAUAUCAUUUUAAAAGUGGCAUGGGGUCUUACAAUGAAUGCAAUCUCUGACUCAGAUCCACCCCCAAAUGCAAUUCUUAAAAUACAUGUUUCACAAAACCACACAAGGUUUUACUGCUUUUUAUCGGGUUCUCUACAUUGUGUCCCCUGGGGAGUGCGGGGGGAGUCACUGGCCUCCACCCGGUGACCCAGCAGCAUCCUAGUGUGAAGAGUGUCACACCCCAUGUCAUGGGCAAUACUACAACUUCAUUACCGCUGGUCUUGUCAAAGAACAGUUGUGCUAGGAUCAUAUUUCUUUCCUGGCCAACUUGUUUUCUCAGGAGUUAAUAAUUGCCUUUGAUUUUUUUGGUUUGUUUUACUCUCUACACACAGCUCAUCAGUUCAUCAUCAGACUCUCCUGCCCAACCCUGGGAUUCCUGCAUAACUGACAGCCCCAUCCCUGUGUCUCCCAGAACCACCCCCCCAUCCCGUGCCCUCCUCCCACCCUUGCUAGCAAGCUCUCUGCCCCAGGCUACUGUUAUGGGGCACGCUCCAAGGCACCUCCUUUCUCUUGCGUCCAGACCCCACGCUUGCCUUUUCCAUUGCAUGUGCUCUGAGGAGCGUUUUCCUGGUUUCCUGAGAAAGGCCGUGUGGAAGUUGUGGGCUCUGCUGCACAUCCCUAUCUACUCUACCUGCUUGCUAGUAUAACUAAGCACAAACGUCCGGCUAGGUUGAAAACCGUUCCUACCAGGGAUUUUGCGGGUCUCAUGUCAUUUUCUGGUCCCAGGAACUCCCAUGUCUUCCCCAAUUCUGGCCAGUGUGUGAUAUCUCCUCCCUUGGUCUUCUCUGCCUCAGUGAUUUGCAAACAAAGAUGUUGGCGUUUCUAUGACUUGUUAUCCAGACCCUCCCUAGUUCUAGGAAAUGUUGAUUUCUCCCUUCUCCUUUUCUGGAAUUCUUAUCAUUUAGGUGUUCAGCUUAUCUUUUGAGAGGGGUAGUUAUGGGCACAGACUGGCAUCGCUCUAUGCAUCUAGCUGGGUGGUAUCGGUCUGUGUCUCCACUUUCUCAUCUAUAAAAAUGGGGAUACAAACAGCACCCCCUCCAUGGGGGGCGAUGCAGGGAUGCACAGGUGUG